ACUCUCUGUGUAUGUAAAAAGACUGCGUAGUGGCCGUACAGUCAGUCAGUCUUUGCGUUUUCAACUGCUCGUACACUAGGAUACAGUAAGGAUGUCUGAUCAAUCUGUCUUUGAUGUGGACGUAUGGACCCUUACACGCUUCGUCAUGGAGACCGGCCGCCAGGCGAAGGGGGCUACAGGAGAACUUACACAAGUCAUUAAUUCCAUCUUAACAGCUAUUAAAGCCAUUUCGUCAGCUGUGAGGAAAGCAGGACUUGUUCACCUUCAGGGCAUUGCUGGAAGUGUAAACGUCACAGGUGAUGAGCAGAAGAAGCUGGAUGUACUGUCUAAUGAUCUGGUCAUCAAUAUGCUUCAGGCCUCUUAUGGCACCUGCUUGAUGGUGUCGGAAGAGAACGAGAAUGCCAUCUACACACCCGCUGAGAAAAGAGGCAAAUAUGUGGUCUGUUUUGACCCCCUGGAUGGCUCCUCCAACAUUGACUGUUUGGCUCCUAUAGGCACCAUCUUUGCCAUCUACAAAAGAAUCUCUGAUGGAGAGCCCAAUGAUAAAGAUGCCCUUCAGGCAGGCAAACAGAUCGUAUGUGCAGGUUAUGGUCUGUAUGGCAGCGCCACAGUAGUGGCUCUCACUACAGGAGCUGGUGUUAACUUCUUCAUGCUGGACCCAGCAAUUGGUGAGUUUAUCCUGACUGAUAGAAAUGUGAAGAUCAAGAAAAAGGGGAAGACGUACAGCAUCAAUGAGGGCUAUGCAAAGUAUUUUGAGCCUCCUGUGAAUGAGUAUUUAAAGCACAAGAAAUUUCCAGAGGAUGGCAGUGCCCCUUAUGGUGCCAGAUACGUUGGCUCUAUGGUGUCUGACAUACACCGAACCAUUGCUUAUGGUGGCAUUUUCCUGUAUCCAGCCAAUGAGAAGAGUCCAAAAGGAAAGCUGAGGUUGCUGUAUGAGUGUAACCCCAUAGCCUUCCUCAUUGAGCAGGCUGGAGGUAUAGCCACAACAGGGACUCAGCGUAUCCUGGAUAUUCAACCCGAGGCACUGCACCAGAGGGUCCCUUUCGUGGUGGGCUCCCCAGAUGAUGUGGAGGAAUACUUGUCAUUUGUCAAGAAAUAUCAAAAAUAGUUGUUAACUCACCUGACAGAGUCACACAAAACUUACGUUGUUUUUUAGUAGAGCCAGUGAUAAUUGUCCUUUUUGUAACAAAGAACCAAAUUAAAUUUUCACUAUUAAGUUUU